AUGAAGGGUUCGUGCACUCUUGUUGCCUCUGUUGUUGCUGCCUCCACUGUAGCUUUAUCUUCAUCAACCCCAUCUUUUUCUUCGCCUGUGGUUGAGGAUUCAUCAAGAUCAUCAUCAAUGGAGAAAAAUAGUGGGUCUAAUCAGGAGAAAUUCGCACCAAGAUUUGAUGGGUUAAGGGAUGUGAAGGAUUCAUCAAGAUCAUCAUCAAUGGAGAAAAAUAGUGGGUCUAAUCAGGAGAAAUUCGCACCAAGAUUUGAUGGGUUAAGGUUCAUUGAGACCCUUGAAGAGGCUUUUUUUUUUAGUGGAAUGGAUUUGAAUGUGAAGAAAGCCAAAAAGACGCAGAUGUUGAAGAAUGAAGAUCGUUGA